AUGAAUCCAAUUACAGCUGAGACACCAAUAUCCAAACGCACACCCUUAGAAAGAGCCACCUAUGACAUGUCCCGCAAUGAGAGGGUGGUCAACGACAUGUUACUGGAACAUCAAGUUGCCCUCUACGAGCUCCGUGGAGUGAUAGGCACUGGGAACUUUUCACAGGUGAAACUGGGGAUUCAUGCCUUAACCAAAGAGAGAGUUGCAGUCAAGAUACUCGACAAGACCCGUCUGGACAAGAAGUCCAAGAGCCUGUUUGCAUCUGAGAUUGGCUGCAUGGAGAAGCUCUCCCACCCCAAUAUUGUGCGGCUGUACGAGGUGCUGGAGACCACAAAGCGGCUGUACCUUGUGAUGGAAUAUGGCAGCGGGGGGGAUCUCCACUCCCGUAUUACCACUAGAGGACGUCUCUCUAACAUGGAGUGUAAGCUCACCUUUGGCCAGAUCCUCGCUGCUGUAAAGUACAUGCAUGAAAGCAAUAUUGUCCACAGAGACCUGAAGGCAGAGAAUAUCUUCUACACCACUAGCUACUGCAUUAAAGUGGGUGACUUUGGCUUCAGUACAGUGAGUGCAGUAGAUGAGGUCCUCAACAGCUUCUGUGGCUCCCCUCCGUAUGCAGCGCCAGAGCUCUUCAAGGAGAAGGGCUAUGUGGGUUGCUAUGCUGACAUCUGGGCAUUGGGGGUCCUGUUGUACUUCAUGGCAACAGGUCUCAUGCCAUUCCAUGCAGAUAACUUGGGACGCCUGAAGCGGUGCAUCCUUCAGGGCUCGUAUUCUAUCCCCUCCCACGUGCCAGAGGCCUGCCAGUUUGUCAUUCGUGGUGUAUUGAAAGCUGUGCCUGUCGACCGCUCUUCCAUUGUUCAAAUGAUGGCCAGCCCAUGGCUGAAAGGUAUCACAUACCCACAACCUUAUCCUAUCUGCCAAAUGACAUCAGCUCACCUGGUGGAGCCAUCACGGGUUCUAGGGCCAGAGGAGCAGGAGGUGAAAUCCAUCCUCUUGAGCCUGGGGAUCACUGAUGCUCAUCUACAGAACAAUAGCUGUGCGGGCUCUCACAGCCCCAUCACGGGAACCUACCGCAUCAUCCUGCACCAAGUCCAGAAGAAUCAAUCUGUAGAGGAUGCUGGCUACUUGGCCAUGUGUCCUAGGAACUUCAAGACACACAGCAGCUAUUCUAACACUACAGCUGCGGUUGUAAAGCAAAGGCCCUCGGCUGUGUGCUCAGUUCUUUAG